AUGAAGCACAUUACUGCACUGCACCGGGGCUGGCCCUCACUGGAUCAGGAUUGGGGACCGCCUCCUGAGUGGCCCCCGCCCCAUCUCACGAUGACCUCCCGUAAAGGACUCGGCGAGGCCGCUCUUGGCAACCUUAUUGGACGUAAUCAUUCCGGUUGGUGUCUCUUACCCCCUCCCCUCCCUUCAUCCCCAGAGGUCUUGAGGUUAGCAGCAACCCCUCAAUGGUACGAUAAGAGAGAACGCGGCGUGCCCGCUACUGCCUGUCAGGGCCGCCACGUUAGAAAUUGUCUGAGGCACAAGCUUCGGAGGCUUUAUGCUGGCGCCGUCUUGACGCUUAGCUUUCGCGUCAGUGGGCUCGAAAUCUGA